CGACUUACCGAACAAAGAGGGAGUCACGUCACCUGUCGACCUGCGCCAAGCAGAGCCAACAACUACGGCACCUCUAGCGAACUCUCUUCACGUGGUGGUCUGCAGCAAUGUGGACAAGCACUUUGACGACCUUCGCCAUCUCUACACCAGCAUGAAGAUGCCGGACAAAUACGUUGUCCACGCGGAGUUUCGAGAGUCCGAAGGCGUACGCCUGCGCCGCUUUACCACGGCACUGCGCCAGCUGACCAAGCCGGUGGAGCUCAACCUGGUGAAGUCGCUGCGGCUCAACGACAGCUCCCACGGCGCCAAUCACAUCUAUAGUAUUGAGAUGAAUCCGCUGAGGACAGGGUUUGCCGUGGCGAGCUCCUCUGGCGGCGUCAAGAUCUUCGACUAUCAGCACUUCAUCACGGCCACGGAGCCGUUCAACGCAAUGGCCACCGUCCUGAAGCCGACGGACAUAGCAACAUACUCGGCCACAUGGAACCGACUGAGGCCGUGCCAGCUAGUGUUCUGCGACCAACAGGGCAGGCUCUGGCUCUGGGACACUGCCAAGCUGCAGCCAAUGCAGUUCCGGGAGCACAGCAGCAGACCGACUACACACAGCACAUUUCCGUCUCAGCAGGAAUGGCCGCAGUGCCAGUGUGUCUUCCAUCCCAACCAGCCCGACCUGUGCUUAUCGGGAUCACAUGACAGAACUGUUCGGUUGUGGGAUUUUCGAAAGCCAGCAUCAGUUGCCAUGCUGCGAACCCUGGACGCUGUUACUGGCAUUCACUUUCGACCUGGAAAAGAUCAAGAGAUUGGUGUUGCAGCCGGAGAUACAGUGAAGCUGUACGACAUGCGCAACUUACUGGAGCCCAGGACCACCCUGUCCUGCGAUGGUCGCAUCAGCAACUUCACCUUCCUCGGCGAAGAGGAGUUGGUGGCUGGCACUUUGAAUGGUCAAAUGCUACACUGGAACAUCACGCGGGGUCAAGUUCUUUGCAGCUACGGGGGUGUGAUCAACUCACGCUGGUCUGUGGGCAUGGCCACGGUGGCGGCGGACACCGUUGCCACGACUACCAGCAUGCCCGACCACAGUCACUUGCUCUUUUGCGGUAGCGAGGAUAACUCCGUUAUUGGCUACUGCAAGCACCUCAGCGUUCCAUUGCUACGUCGUCAGUUUGCACGGCCAACUGGUCUCCUGAGUCAGUUACGACCGCAGCCGUUCAUCAGUGCUCUGGCAUGCAGACCGGACGAGACGCUGAGCGUGCUGGCCGGAAGUAGUCAUGGCAGUCUUAAGCUUUUGGAGGUGGAACAGACAUCAACAGACUCGUGAUCGAAUGCUAGUGCUCCACGGGCUACCGGUUUUAUUGAGCCGUCGUUCAGUUGCCACGUGCACAGGGCGUUCGUUGUCACAACCAUCACGUCUUUCUGAUUUUCUACUCUAACAAAUUUUGCUGUGUGGUCCCUUUGCAUAUUUUCAUCACGGUGCAGUUCUUGAAGUGAGUAACCAAGUUCCUAUUUGAGACACAAACUAUGAUGUAUAGCGGAUACUAUUCAUCUUUCCAUCGGUCCAUUGGGACUGAUGCAUGGAGCGCUGCUCCUUUUCACUUCUUGCUUUGUUUGUCGUGCGCACCCAUGCUGCAAGUGUUCCUAUUUUUCUCCAGCUCAAGAGAGUCUCCAGUGUGUCUCGUCCGGUGUGAUUAUGGCGACGACCAUUAUUCUCGUGUUCCGUGUUUUCCGUGAGCAAGCCUGUGUUUCUUUCUUCUUGUCAAGCGCAGAUGAUUUUCACCCAGUUUCCAGCGUGUUUUUUUCUUCUGCCGUGUUUGUCUUUCCUGAAACAUCUCCCUGAUGCGUGGUCAGCGAAAGCUUUGCGUGGUGCACGUUUACCGAUCUUGAUUAGUCCAUCAUAUUCUGUGGUGCGAGGGCAAUGUACAUGUGUAUUGCUUGCGUACUCAAGGUCGGACUAUAUGCCGGGUAGAUAGGA